AUUCUCCUUGUCUGUCAUCACCAAUCAACACCAUCAUUCAACAAUACUUCUUGUUGUUCUUUCACCAAGCAUUAUUGCAGCUGGUUAUUUAUCAUUUAGUUUAUAAAAAUGUUGUUAAUUAGCAUCUAACUGUAAGACUGAUUAUAAUCGAAGUGCAACCUGUGAUUGAAAGUAAAUAACAAGAUAUAGUGAUUUGUGAAACUUCUUAAUAAGUACUUAAAACCAAUCAAAAUGGCACUGGCCGUGGAUUCUCCGACAGCAAGAUUCAGCGAUUUGUGCCGUUUGUGCGCCUCCAAAACAGGCUCAGCAGCUAAGGGACUUAACAUAUUUGCCAAUGAAGCAAAUUACCGACAAAUAUUCAAGAAGAUUGAGGCUUGUUUACCUAUACAAAUUUCAGAGACGGAUGUUUUACCAAAAAUAGUUUGUGAAAAUUGUUUAUUCAAAGUGGAAUUACUAUUUGACUUCAGAGAGAGGGCAUUAAGAACUGAAGGUGUAUUAAUUGAAUUAUUCAAGGAAUUACACUCUCUUCCAAUUCAAAUACUUAAUGGAACUCAUCAUACACAAGUGAAAUUUGAUGCAGCAUUGGAUCAUGUAAUCUCACAACAAAAUGGACUCUUAAAUGAUGGUUUAUCACAUGUAAAUGAUAUUGAACUGCCACAACUUUCACAUAGAGACAGCAUGAUAAUAUUAGCUCAACACAGUGUACCUUUAGAUCAAUUGAGUCAACAUGAUAUUAAUCAAGAACUUUCCAAUCAUAGCAUUGACACAUCUGAAAGUAUAUUGGGUGGAGCAAAUGGUUAUAACACAAUGGAUUAUCACCAUACAUCAAUACUGCAUGAUGAAAUUAAUUUGUCACAUGCAAGUAUGCAUCAAAUCAAGGCUAUUGUGGACCAUGACAACUAUCCACCCAUUGGCACCAGUGGGGUGCAAAGGCUAAUGAUGAAUGAAGCACAUUUCAUGCAUGAUCAUUUAAAUGAGGAGGAAAAUUUUGACUCUUUGAAUUCAUACAUAUUUUGUACAACUUGUGGCAAGUCAUUUGAUGAUAAGAUUUUAUUGCAACAACACUAUGAGGAGCACUAUUCUAAUAUGACGCACGAGAAGGAAGUGGAAGUUACGCGUAGAAAAGAUAUGCAUGGAACAUGUUCUACUGCAGUUGAGAAUGAAGUAAUGACAAAUGAAGUGAGGGAACCUGAGGUACAGGAGAAUCAAAAACAACAAGAAAAUGCUGAACCAUUAAUAUUGAGCAUACCACCUGACGAUGACGUGAUUUCUGUUAACUUAGAUCUUGUUGAUGCAGAUGAAAACUUAAAAUCAGAAUAUAGUGACGCCGAUAGCGAGGUUGCAACAGAUAAAAAUAAGCCAGCCGAUAUUCCACAAAUACCAGAAAAUCACAAAGAAACCGAAGAAGUGCAACAACAUCCCCAAGAAGAGGAAGAUCAGGAUACGUCUAAGGAGGAUUCAAAUGCCGCCAAGAAAAAUAAAUCUAAAGUUUGCAAUGUAUGUGGAAAACAGUAUAAAACUAAUUACAAACUGGCAGAACACAUGAGGAAACACACUGGUGAACAGCCUUACAAAUGUAACAGUUGUGAUAAAGCAUUUAGAUCAAAAAUUGGAUACACGCAACAUAUAGCUACACACACAGGUAAAUUUGAAUUUUCAUGUACAACAUGUGGUAAAGGUUUCCAAUGUAAAAGUUAUCUUAUGGUGCACCAAAGAGUACACUCCGACGUUAAACCAUAUCAAUGCACAACAUGUGAUAGAAGUUUCAAGAGCAAACAAUCAUUGCUGGACCACACGAAUCGCCAUUUGGGUGUCAAACCAUACGCGUGCGACAUUUGCCGGCGGAGUUUCAUCACGAAAGGAUUACUCAAAGCGCAUCAAAGUGUACACGCAGGCACCGAUAAUCGCAAGUACGCUUGUCCAUUGUGCGACAAAAUGUUUGUCAGCAAGAGUUAUCUACAGACUCACGCACACUCACAUACUGGCGAAAAGCCCUACAAAUGUGAGGUGUGCGGUAAGGGAUUUAUGGCGCGUGUCGAUUUGAAAAUUCACUCAACGAUACACACGGGCGAGAAGUCAUACGUGUGCGAAAUAUGCGGCAAAGCAUUUGCACGCAGGGAUGCACUCAGGUGCCAUCGACGUUCACAUACUGGCGAGAGACCUUACAAGUGUGAUAUUUGUGGACAGACGUUCACUCAGUUUUCACCCAUGGUAAUUCACAAACGGUUGCACACUGGCGAGAGGCCUUACCAAUGCGAACUGUGCACAGAUAGGUUUGUUUCUAGAUCGACGAUGAUGGUUCAUUUGAAAAAGCAUCCAAAAUUUGCAAAGGGUGAAGUGAGCAGUGAUGUAAAUAAUGAACUUAAAAAUGAGAUUAAGGCCACAUAAUACUUUUUGAACUUGUUUGCAUUAUACAUUAUAUAUCGACAUUUUCCCCUCAAGACUGCUGCUAUUUAAACAUUCAUAAGUGAUAUAAAUUAAUAAACUUUAAUAUGUUUAUACAUUCAA